GGAGAGUCUAGAUGCUACAGCAAGUUUCACAUUAAUAUCAGAUAAGGUAGCUAGGACGGUAUCAGCAUAGAGUGGCAGAAAUACCUCUAUCAAUCUCGCACGUUCACCAACCACUAGUACACGUAUGAGUGCUUCGGAGCGCGGCAGCUACUACGACAGCUAACCAACAUGCCAUGCCACUGACAAUGUGGAAUGCUUAUCAAGUCCCGCCCCGUACGUGCCAUCCGCAUAGCGUUGUCGUCGCGUAUGAUCGUUUACUGCUUCAAAAGCCGGACAAGUGUCAACCAUUGAACGCGCCUAAGAUCACACCCCAGAUCCCUUGGCCUGCCCUGCAUGAAACUUUUAAUGAUAUUCUUCUUACUUCAUACCUUCAUCAUCAUCUGGGCUGCACCUGCAAGAUCUAAUACGGCACGACGGGCAUCCAUUGCCGGGGCCUCUGUCAUCACGCAGAUGGGGACUUACCCGGAUUCUUCCUCUACGGGAAGCAGUUGUCAUUUUAUCAAUCUUUCCUCGAAUUUGCUGGAGUCUGGAUGCACGGCUUCUGUGGCUGCGACUGCCGCAGGAUCGGUGACCAGCAUAAUGAUGACUGCGCCGACCGGGACCUUGGUAACGGCACCUACUACAGCAAACGAUGGAUUAUCCGAUACUUGCACGUUUAGAACGUUCAACAUUGACGAAACCUCUUUGAAACUAUAUAUGCGUGCUUACUGGGCAGGUGUAUAAAAUUCAACAGCAAUACACAGAGUUAGCGCGCAAGAACUGUGGC